AUGUCAAACCGGAUGUUGACAUUGAUGGACCAGUUCUGGGAAUCAGGUCUCUUAGCAGCUAAAUUGCUAAUAGAGUCAGGACUGAAUGUAAUUGUGUUAGAAGCUCGAGAUCGAGUUGGUGGGCGAACUUUCACUGUAAAGAACAGCAAAGCAAAAUAUGUAGAUCUUGGUGGUGCUUAUGUUGGACCGACUCAAAACAGAAUUAUAAGAGUCGCCAAAGAACUUGGAGUGGAAACAUAUAAAGUAAAUGAAGAACAACGUCUCAUUCAUUAUGUUAAGGGUAAGUCAUAUGCCUUUAAAGGUUCCUUUCCUCCAAUGUGGAACCCAAUUGUCUACCUGGAUUAUAAUAAUCUGUGGAGAACCAUGGAUGAAAUGGGGAAGGAGAUUCCUAAUGAUGCUCCAUGGAAUGCACCACAUGCCGAGGAAUGGGACAAAAUAACGAUGAAAGAACUUAUUGACAAAUUAUGCUGGACUACCACAGCUAAGAAUUUUGCAACACUUUUUGUGAAUGUGAAUGUAACAUCAGAACCUCAUGAAGUCUCUGCACUUUGGUUCUUGUGGUAUGUAAUGCAGUGUGGAGGAACUACAAGAAUUUUUUCAACAUCUAAUGGUGGACAGGAGAGAAAGUUUGUUGGUGGAGCAGGACAGAUUAGUGAAAAGAUAGCAGAACGUCUACAAGGUCGUGUGAAACUGCAGCGGCCUGUAGUGCGUGUUGAUCAAUCUGCGGAAAACAUUACAGUAGAAACUGUCAAUCAUGAAAUAUAUGAGGCCAAAUACGUUAUCAGUGCCAUUCCACCCACUCUUUGUCUUAAAAUUAAUUUUAAUCCUGGUUUGCCUCCACUAAGAAAUCAGCUAAUUAGUCGUGUUCCUAUGGGCUCAGUAAUAAAGUGCAUGGUUUAUUACAAGGAAGCCUUCUGGAGGAAGAAAGAUUAUUGUGGGACCAUGAUUAUUGAAGAUGAAGAAGCACCAAUUGGUCUAACCCUUGAUGAUACAAAACCUGAUGGCACAGUGCCUGCUAUAAUGGGAUUCAUACUUGCCCGCAAGUCAAGGAGAUUAGCUAAUCUUACAAAAGAUGAACGAAAAAGAAAGAUCUGUGAGCUGUAUGCGAGAGUAUUGGACUCCGAGGAAGCUUUACAUCCGGUACAUUAUGAAGAAAAGAACUGGUGUGAGGAGCAGUAUUCUGGGGGCUGCUAUACAGCUUAUUUUCCACCCGGAAUCCUGACUCAAUAUGGAAGGGUUCUCCGACAACCUUUUGGUCGAAUCUUCUUUGCUGGCACAGAGACAGCCACUGAGUGGAGUGGAUAUCUUGAAGGAGCAAUCCAAGCUGGAGAAAGGGCUGCCAGAGAGAUCUUAUUUGAAUUGGGAAAGAUUUCAGAAAGUGAUAUAUGGAUGCCAGAGCCACAGUCAUUGGAUAUUCCAGCCACUCCAAUUACAACUACAUUUUGGGAAAGAAACUUGCCAUCUGUGGGUGGUUUACUGACGCUUGUUGGAUUUUCUGCAUUUGUAACAUCAACAGUGGUUUUAGGUCUGACGGUUUGCAAAAAAGGACUUCUCAUUCGGAAUUAA